GCGGGAGGAGAUUUGCGAGCGGGUGUACGCCUAUUACUGAGACAAGCACCGCGAGGAUGGAAAGCCUCACCCGGAUUGUUACAAAUACCCUCAGAAACCCAGGAGGAGUCACGAAACUGUGGUCUUUUUCUUUGGCCGAUCCCUCUCAAGGAAGACGGGAACGACCACAUAAGCUCGUCCUCCGCCACAACAAACUCUCGGGGACGCGCUUCGUGGUCUUGGACGGCAUUGAGGUGCCCGGCACCCGGGGCACGACUUCCCUAUUGAACGCAGUGGAGAUAUUGUUCAAGGUCGAUGACGCUACCGCCACCGUGAGCAUUACCCCAGACCUGGGUGCGGGCGGGUUUAUAUAUAGCUGUCGCGUGGGAGCUCGACUCUUGACCGAGCAGGCGGAUGUAUUGGAGGUCUCCGACAUGGGUAGCAGUCUCCCGCACAUGGAGGACGUGGGCGGUGCCGCCAAUGGGAGCGGUAACGGUCACGAGGCAGGGCGGGUGCCUGUGCGCGUGAUGGUCCCGGAGUUCCGGACGCAAUCCAGCGAAGGGAAGCUCAUUGUACCGGGACUUUGA